AUGGCGGCCACGAACUGGAGUCCAGCGGCGGCGAGGAACUGCAUUGGAACGGAGGCCACGAACAGCGGAGUCGAAGAGGCGGCCGAAAGGACCAUGGCCAUGACCAUGGGCACUGUUGCAGCGAACACGAGGCCCAAGGCACUCGAAGACGCUGCGGCGUUGUCCAUGGCGGCCAUGGUGGCAGAUCGGGCCAAGGCGAACUCCACCGACGCGGCGAAGUGCGAAGAACAGUUGACGAACAACAGGAGAUGGUUGAAGAUAAAUUCUAGGGAAUUGUAUUCACAACAUCUAAAUGGAAUAAAUUCUAGGGAAUUGUAUUCACAACCUCUAAAUGGAAUACCAACUGCCAUACGCACAGAUUUCGAGUCGUGA